UCGUUGUAUUAAAUCAUUAGUUUUAUUCAAAUCAAGUGAUUUGUCAGUAAACAGGAGUCAAAUCAUAACUAAAUUAUUUUUAUUUAAUUCAUUGACUACAACAACGACGACCACAUCUGUGAAAAUAUCAGCACAAAUGGGGAAAAGAGCUAUUCUUUUGGGAUGUUUUGAGAAGAAUGAGGACAAAGAAAAAUAUUUGUUAACAGAAAACGCCACCAAAUUUGAUGAGACAGUCGAUGGCAAACUCAGUGAUGCCAUCAAUGUUAUUGGUCCUCUGAAGAAAAACAAGUGUCGAGUCUUUUACGGGUUAAGUCCAACACAUCCAGUGGUGGCUGUGGUUGGUUUGGGACCAAACAAUGCCGGUUAUAAUGAUUCUGAAGAGAUAGAUGAAGACCGCGAGAAUAUCCGGUCAGCCAUCUCUGUUGGCACUCGUACUUUGCGAGACUUGGGAUCUAUUGACCAAAUCGAUGUCGAUGAUUGUGGUGACGGUGUAGCGGCCGCUGAGGGCAGUCAUCUGAUUCUUUAUAAUUAUGAUGAACUUAAAGGGGAAUCAUUAAAGAAGUCUAACGUUAACUUAAAUCAUUUAAACGUUUCCAAAGACCCCGAAGCGGAACUUAAAUGGAAUUACGGCCUAACUCUGGCCAAAGGACAGAACAUUACACGUAGACUAAUGGAAACGCCAGCGAAUCUCAUGACUCCGACCCGAUUCGGGAAUAUAGCUGUCGAAGAAUUAAGCAAAUUGGGAGUUAAGGUUCAUAUCAGAGAUAGGGCGUGGGCUGAAAGCCAGAAAAUGGGAUCAUUUCUAAGUGUGGCCAAUGGAUCAGAUCAACCACCGAUAUUUCUCGAGAUGCAUUACAAUAAUGCUCCCAAUACUAAACCAAUAGUAUUUGUGGGUAAAGGUAUCACCUUCGACAGCGGUGGCAUCUCAUUGAAGCCAUCUCUCAAUAUGGACAAAAUGAGGGCCGAUAUGGGAGGUGCUGCUAAUGUUUUUGGUACUAUCUAUACAUUGGCUUCUCUUAAAGCAUCAGUCAAUAUAAUUGGUUUGACUCCAUUGACUGAGAAUAUGCCGAGCGGUAAGGCAACUAAACCGGGAGAUGUUGUAUUUGCUAUGAAUGGAAAAAGCAUUCAAAUUGACAAUACAGAUGCUGAGGGACGGCUUGUGUUGGCCGAUGCUCUGUGUUAUGCACACAAUUUUGAGCCGCAAUUGAUUCUAGAUAUUGCCACUCUUACUGGUGCUAUGAAAGUGGCAUUGGGAGCAGCAAUGGUCGGAGUAUUCUCCACAUCUACUAAACACUAUAAUCUUUUGCAAAAGUGUGGCGUACAGACUGGUGAUCGAGUUUGGCGAAUGCCUAUAUUGUCACACUUUACUAAACAGAUCACCGAUAGUGCCACAGCUGACCUCAACAAUAUAGGUGGUGCCGGUCAGGGUGGUGCAUGUGUUGCCGCCGCAUUUCUCAAAGAGUUUGUCACUAAUCCAAAUUGGAUGCAUUUAGACAUCGCUGGUGUUAUGGAUAACAAAGAUGAUGUCUCUUAUUUGGGUAAAGGUAUGUCUGGACGUCCGAUGAGAACUUUGGUUUAUUUUGCAAAAGCAUUCUUCAACAAUGAGUUGAACUAAUUAUUUUAAUUAGUAUCAUAUAAUGAAAUAUUUCUAUAUUUCCUUUAAAUGAAAAAUGAUUUUAAUAAAAUUGAA